GACAUCUACUGCCACCGCGCUGCGCAAAAUUUGUGCUCCGUGGCUUGUGAAAAUCGCAUUCUUCUUCUUUCAAACUCGCCAAGAUGUCGAAGAGAGGUCGAGGAGGUUCCGCAGGAGCCAAAUUCCGGAUAUCCCUGGGUUUGCCCGUGGGAGCAGUUAUCAAUUGUGCCGAUAACACAGGGGCAAAGAACUUGUAUGUUAUCGCAGUUCAGGGAAUCAAAGGUCGUUUGAACCGUUUGCCCGCGGCAGGUUCCGGCGACAUGAUUGUUGCUACCGUUAAAAAGGGAAAGCCAGAACUAAGAAAAAAGGUAAUGCCGGCGGUGGUAAUUCGGCAGCGGAAACCUUUUCGGAGGAAGGAUGGCGUUUUUAUAUACUUUGAAGACAACGCUGGCGUGAUUGUCAACAAUAAGGGUGAAAUGAAAGGCUCGGCUAUAACGGGACCAGUGGCGAAGGAAUGUGCGGAUUUAUGGCCCAGGAUUGCAUCGAAUGCCAGCAGUAUCUCCUAAGACACCCUGUAAAUUUAUAAUCUUAAAUAAAAAAAAAUCAACUUCAA